UUUUGUGUUUCAAACAAAUGUGAAAAGCGCGUGUUUACGAAAAAUUUCAUAUCUUCCGGGAACAAUUGGAAAAUCGCGAAAUGGACGAUAAAAUAGGAGUUCCGGAGGCGCUAGGGAAGAAUCGUAAACCAGCCAGAGAUUGUAUAGCUCCGAAGAGACAGAAACUCGAGGAGAAAAUGAAGGAAGUUUCUGCGAAAGACAAGGAUGGCCUCUAUGCAAUUCGUGUUCUGACGGAGCAGAAACUCAUUCUCCAGAAGAAAAUCCCUCCAAUGAAGGAGAAGAUCUUGCUCACUCCAGAUUCUCCGCUGAUUAGUAACUUGGUCUCGCCGGACGUAUCCCAGGGAACUGAUUUAGCGGCAUUUGAUCCUAUCAACAGCCUCUCCAAGCAGAUCCAGGAGUAUCCAGAGUUCUCCCUGAAGUGCAAGAAAACGGUAGAGAAAUUGCGAGCAGAUCUUCGGGAAAAGGAUGCAAAGGUCAGGGAACUUCAGGUUGAAUGCGAGAAGUCGGACAGGAUUAUCCGGGAUAUGAUUGAGAGCAAUCACAGGAAGAAUCUCGAAUUGGAAUUGAAAUUGCGAUCUCUCAAGGUGAGAACGAAGAAUCUGGACGACAGGAUUUCAUCCUUCGAAACUGUGAUCCAAGACAGAAAGGAAUGCAUUGAGACUCUGGAGAAAAAGAAACAAUACCUCACAGAAGACUACGAUAAGUUUAUUGAAAAUUUCACCAAAUAAAUUGGUGAUAAAAAAAAGUCUAAACUUCUCAAUUUUUCAAUUUCUUUAUUUAAUGCAUUUUGACAAUGUUCCUUCCUCUCACUUAGCUCAUUUAACAUUGAAUUAAUCUAGCCUAAUUACAAUUUUGUUCUGCCCAGUGAAGGGGAAAAAUGGAAUUCAGAACAAAUCUCCUUAACAAUAAUUGAUUACAAGAGAAAUAUUUUUGUAAUACUCGGUGAGGGAAACAUUGAAACCUGUAUUUAUAAUUGAAUAUUAGAAUUAUCACAGAUAAACA